CAUGCGCGUAUAAAAAGCUAAGCGGCUUCGGGCGAGCUUUCAUUGUGCGCUCGUCACUCGUGCUUAUCAGUCGGCUUUAUUCGUUGCGAGCCAAAAGCCAGUUAUUCGCAUUCGUUUUCAUUCAUCGUCGGUCAAGUUUACAAUUCUUCGCUGGGGAUUUUUCAAUUUUACCCGCCAAAAACACGUAUACGUAGUGUGGCAUCCAAGGGAAGGUACUUUGUGUGGCUCUUCUGAUCCUAGAACGGAUUCAAAUGGAUUCAAAGUUUAAUCUGUGCCGCUGGACGCUGCUGAUUGCCCUCGGGGUGUGCUGUCUGGUGGGCAGCUCCUCGGGCAGUGCGUCGAGCAGCUACUGCUCCCUGGAGCGCAUGAAGAAGUUCGCCAUGGAGGCUUGCGAGCAUUUAUUCCAGCAGGACGAGAGUGCGCGAAGAGAUAGGCGGUCCAUUGAGUACUCGCACCAUCAUUUAAAUCGGCUGGGAUACGGCAAAGCGUAUGACAAGCAUCACUAUAUUAUCCGGAGCAGCUUCCCGAUGGGCGGCUAUCUGAAGGUCAAUCGGGAGCACUUCCAUCGCCUCAGUGAGCUGGACGUGGUGCCGCGCUACAAGCCCAAGAAGCUGCAUCACGAGAAGAAGCAGCGCUUCAAGCGAGAUCACUCCUCCAGCAGCUACAACAACAUACCCUACUGUUGCUUUAACGUUUGCGAGGAAGAGUUCUUCUGCUAGCUAUUCGUCAAAGCAUUGUCUUUGACUCAUCCGUCCAUAGGUUAGCUUAGCACACAUACUAUAUAGUUGUACAUUCUGGCACAAGUCGCGCUCACUCUUAUAGAGUUCGGUACCUUAGUUGUUGCUCCCACUGUGCGAGGGACACAACCCAACACAUACACUAUUUAUAGGAUAAGGCAUUUAGUUGAAUAAAAAGUACUCUUUAUAAGAAUUUAAAAUUGUACAAAAUAAAUAUUAUGUAUGUAAACUA